CCCGCGCCUCCCCGCUCCGCGCUGCCCUCGGCCUCGCCCCGGGCCCGGGCGGAUGAGCCGCGCGCCCGGGGGACAUGGAAGCGCUGACGCUGUGGCUUCUUCCCUGGAUAUGCCAGUGCGUUACGGUGCGGGCCGACUCCAUCAUCCACAUCGGUGCCAUCUUUGAGGAGAACGCAGCCAAGGACGACAGGGUGUUCCAGUUGGCUGUAUCGGACCUGAGCCUCAAUGAUGACAUCCUGCAGAGUGAGAAGAUCACUUACUCCAUCAAGGUCAUCGAGGCCAAUAACCCGUUCCAGGCGGUGCAGGAAGCCUGUGACCUCAUGACCCAGGGAAUUUUGGCCUUGGUCACAUCCACAGGCUGUGCAUCUGCCAACGCCCUGCAGUCCCUCACAGACGCCAUGCACAUCCCACACCUCUUUGUCCAGCGCAACCCUGGGGGUUCACCACGUACUGCCUGCCACCUGAACCCUAGCCCCGAUGGCGAGGCCUACACACUGGCUUCGAGACCACCUGUCCGUCUCAAUGAUGUCAUGCUCAGGCUGGUGACGGAACUGCGCUGGCAGAAGUUCGUCAUGUUCUAUGACAGCGAGUAUGAUAUCCGUGGGCUGCAAAGCUUUCUGGACCAGGCCUCUCGGCUGGGCCUUGACGUCUCUUUACAAAAGGUGGACAAGAAUAUCAGUCACGUGUUCACCAGUCUCUUCACCACCAUGAAGACAGAGGAGCUGAACCGCUACCGGGACACGCUGCGCCGUGCCAUCCUACUGCUUAGCCCACAAGGAGCCCACUCCUUCAUCAAUGAGGCUGUGGAGACCAACCUGGCUUCCAAGGACAGCCACUGGGUCUUUGUGAAUGAGGAAAUCAGUGACCCCGAGAUCCUGGAUCUGGUCCACAGUGCCCUCGGCAGGAUGACCGUGGUCCGGCAAAUCUUCCCAUCUGCGAAGGACAACCAGAAAUGCAUGAGGAAUAACCACCGCAUCUCUUCCCUGCUCUGCGAUCCGCAGGAAGGCUACCUCCAAAUGCUGCAGAUCUCCAAUCUCUACCUGUAUGAUAGUGUUCUGAUGCUGGCCAACGCCUUCCACAGGAAGUUGGAGGACCGGAAAUGGCAUAGUAUGGCAAGCCUUAACUGCAUAAGGAAGUCUACCAAACCGUGGAAUGGAGGGAGAUCCAUGCUAGACACAAUUAAAAAGGGACACAUCACUGGCCUCACAGGAGUGAUGGAGUUUCGGGAAGACAGCUCGAAUCCCUAUGUCCAGUUUGAAAUCCUUGGCACAACCUAUAGCGAGACCUUUGGCAAAGACAUGCGCAAGCUGGCAACCUGGGACUCGGAGAAGGGCUUGAAUGGCAGUCUGCAGGAGAGGCCCAUGGGCAGCCGCCUCCAAGGACUGACUCUCAAAGUGGUGACUGUCUUGGAAGAGCCUUUUGUGAUGGUGGCUGAGAACAUCCUUGGACAGCCCAAGCGUUACAAAGGGUUCUCCAUAGAUGUGCUGGAUGCAUUGGCUAAGGCUCUGGGAUUCAAGUAUGAGAUAUACCAGGCCCCUGAUGGCAGGUAUGGUCACCAGCUCCAUAACACCUCCUGGAACGGGAUGAUCGGGGAGCUCAUUAGCAAGAGAGCAGACUUGGCCAUCUCUGCUAUCACCAUCACCCCAGAGAGGGAGAGUGUUGUGGACUUCAGCAAGCGAUACAUGGACUACUCGGUAGGGAUCCUCAUCAAGAAGCCUGAGGAGAAAAUCAGCAUCUUCUCCCUUUUUGCUCCCUUUGAUUUCGCCGUGUGGGCCUGCAUCGCCGCUGCCAUCCCUGUGGUUGGUGUGCUCAUAUUCGUGUUGAACCGGAUACAGGCUGUGAGGGCUCAGAGCACUGCCCAGCCACGACCCUCUGCCUCCGCCACCCUGCACAGUGCCAUCUGGAUUGUCUAUGGAGCCUUUGUUCAGCAAGGUGGCGAGUCUUCUGUGAACUCUGUGGCCAUGCGCAUCGUGAUGGGCAGCUGGUGGCUCUUCACCCUCAUUGUAUGUUCCUCCUACACAGCCAACCUUGCUGCUUUCCUUACAGUGUCCAGGAUGGACAACCCCAUAAGGACAUUUCAGGACCUGUCCAAGCAACUGGAGAUGUCGUAUGGCACUGUCCGGGAUUCUGCUGUCUAUGAGUACUUCAGAGCCAAGGGUACCAAUCCCCUGGAGCAGGAUAGCACUUUUGCUGAGCUCUGGCGGACCAUAAGCAAGAAUGGAGGCGCUGACAACUGUGUCUCCAAUCCUUCAGAAGGCAUCAGGAAGGCCAAGAGGGGAAACUACGCCUUUCUGUGGGAUGUGGCCGUGGUGGAGUAUGCAGCCCUGACAGAUGACGACUGCUCGGUGACUGUCAUCGGCAACAGCAUCAGCAGCAAGGGCUACGGGAUUGCCCUGCAGCAUGGCAGCCCCUACAGGGACCUCUUCUCCCAGAGGAUCCUGGAGCUGCAAGAUACAGGGGACCUGGAUGUGCUCAAGCAGAAGUGGUGGCCACACACAGGCCGCUGUGACCUCACCAGCCACUCCAGUGCCCAGGCUGAUGGCAAAUCCCUUAAACUGCACAGCUUUGCUGGGGUCUUCUGCAUUUUGGCCAUUGGCCUCCUUCUCGCCUGCCUCGUGGCUGCUCUCGAGUUAUGGUGGAACAGCAACCGGUGCCACCAGGAGACCCCCAAAGAGGACAAAGAGGUGAAUCUGGAGCAGGUGCACCGGCGCAUCAACAGUCUCAUGGAUGAAGACAUUGCUCACAAGCAGAUUUCCCCAGCGUCCAUUGAGCUCUCUGCCCUAGAGAUGGGGGGCCUGGCUCCAAGCCAAGCUUUGGAGCCCACACGGGAGUACCAGAACACCCAGCUCUCAGUCAGCACCUUUCUGCCUGAACAAAGCAGCCAUGGCACCAGCCGGACACUGUCGUCAGGGCCCAGCAGCAACCUGCCGCUGCCGCUGAGCAGCUCAGCCACCAUGCCCUCUAUCCAGUGCAAACACAGGUCGCCCAAUGGGGGACUGUUCCGACAGAGCCCUGUGAAGACCCCCAUCCCUAUGUCCUUUCAGCCCGUGCCUGGAGGUGUUCUCCCAGAGGCUCUGGACACUUCUCAUGGCACCUCCAUUUGACCGUCGCCUGCCCUCCUGCCCGUCUGCCCACCCACCCGACCAGCAGAGCUUUUUAAUACAAGAAAAUGACGACACAGACCACACACACACACACACACACACACACACACACACACACACACACAGACUCUUUCAUUUUUCUUGUACAUAAAUGUAAAUAAUGACAGAAUGGAGUGGGGUAAAAGUGUAUUUUGAAUAUUCCCAAUUUUCGAAGUCAGUAAAAAAAAAACAAAAAAACAAAAACUGUAUGAAUGACUUUGUAAAUUUUGUUCUAUAUGAAUAAAAAGGCAAAUUACUUGUGAUCAUUCUGAAGUGCCAAAGGAGCCCCCUGUUCCUGGGCCUUUCCGAGGGCAGGAAGGACCAUCUGAGAAGAAGCUCCUGGCUGCUGGGGAGAAGGAAGACGUGGAGGAGCCCCGAAUGCUGCUUGCUGCUGUGCCCACAGCUCUCCCUCUUGUCCUUUUCUCACAAGUCCUCAUUCUUCCUUCGGUGUCCUUGGGUAGAGUCCGUGUGUAUCUGAGUCUAGAGCCCAUGUUGGGUGGACCCAUCCGGUCCCUGAGCUGUAGAGUAACCUGCCCUAUCAUGGCCCUGGACAAUCAGGCUCAAGAUGCUGAGGUCACUGUGUGUCACAGUGUGUAGCAUGUGACUGUCCCCAAGGCCUCAGAAAAGAUGCCCAUAUUGAGGUCACAGUCUCUGAGGCUUUGAUACCUAUGUGUUUAUUAUCUUUUUUUUUUUAAAACUCUUUUUCUACUUAGAAGAAUCAAUCAGUGACAGACUAUAGGGAAGAAGGGCAGACAGCAUCUAGGUAGAGGUAGGACUGGCCUGAGUGGGACAUCUUUGAUUAUAGGUUGCAUUUGUCAUAGAGAUUGUAGGAUGGGGGGUGAGAAACCAGGUAAAGACUGUUCUCUUGGAUUAGGGUCCAUAGCCCUGAGCAAAAGAAAAAGUGUAGUUACAGACACAUGGAGUAGAAGCAUCAUGGACACAGGUAAAAGGCUUCCACUGAAAGGAGUUGGAGGAAGUUACUCCAAAUGAUGGAGAAAUUGGGGAUAAACAAGAGGGACCACAUGGGGAAGAAGCUUGACUCUUUGGAGAAGCAUAGCAAAAGACUCAUGUGCCCUAAUGAAACUAUCCUUAAAGACAUGCCUUUAGCUCUUUAUGAAGUCGGCUACACAGGACCAGAUCUCAGCACUAGCCCUUUCUCCAGACUUACUGUGUUGUCAACUCCGGGAAUCCUCAAACAAUAAACCAGCCCAUAGCAGGGAUCCUUCAGGCUAGAAGCAUCUUAUAUCCUCAGAGAUGGUGAAUUUGCUGGGAAGUCCUGUUUGAUAAAACUAGGCUAAGCUACAGAUCUUACCUCUCUACACUGCUCUUUGUGGGGUAACUAAACUGUAGAACCAGCAAUGAUCUAUCAGGAGGAGUCUGAGCUGUAUUACUUAAGUUGCUUCCUCUUGUUUUGAAGACCAAGGUGUCUCUGAUCUCCUACACUGCUGUGAUGUAGAACGUAACCCCAUCCAGCUCCAACCCUCAUCACCAAUAGAUGUGUCAAGAUCUUGGUCUGUGAAGAAAUAAAAAAAAAAAAUCCCGUCAGUUGCUUCUUCUGUACUUCUAUGUUCUUGUAGAGUUAGUUGAGAGAGAUAUUCCAUGAAGAUAAUAACUCUCACCCAAGAUGAAUUUAUUUCCCCAAAUCCCUAAUGAUGUUAAUGAAGACAAAAGAGUGACUGUAUCACACAGUUAGCUAAAAGCACCAGAACAAAACAAGACAAUGUUCAUAGUUAUAUAUCUUUGGCUACUGGGAAUUCCAUGAUGCUAGUGUUACUGGAGUGAUUUAUCAACAUUUCUCUAGUUAGUAUGUGGACCUUGAAGACAGGUGUGCAUGGCAAAGCCUGGGUUGGCUACCUAGGUUGUAUAGGCUUUGCUUUCAUUUCAUCAGCACUUUGGGCAACUUGCAGUAGAGGGUUAAUUUUUCAUAUAUAUAUAUAUAUAUAUAUAUAUAUAUAUAUAUAUAUAUAUAUAUGUAUAAAAUCAUUUUAAAAGUCAAACUCUUGUUUCACUGCCUUAUCUUACACCUGUCUGUAUCCCAAAGAUGACCUGGUUUCUUUGGUAUACCAUAGAUAUGGAUGUUUUUGGUUCAGAGUAAAACACUCUGUGUAUGUGUGUGUGUAUGUGUGUGUAAAGAGAGAAAAAGAGAGCGGGAGGGAGGAGGGGAGAGAGAGGGUGAGAGAGAGAGAUUAUCUUUGCAAGAAAAGUAUAAUGCUUCUGGAUGUUCUAAACACCUAGCAGUGUUAUUAUUACCAUAUUUAUGUUGUUUUUUUUUUAUUUCCCUACCCUUGGCAUGAGGGGAAAUGAUUGAUAUUCAAGCAAGUUCUCUAGGGGGAGACAACAACAAAACCCAGAUUCUUCCCAACUCAGAUAUCUGUGUCAGCUCAGAAUGUAUCUUUUUCAUGCUUUGCUCUGUGGAUUUAUAACUCUGUUUAGACUCUUCCAUACAUUUUAGGUAUAUUUUGUGCCUUCAGACACUGCAAAUAAUAAUCAGCAUUUGGAUUAAAGUUGUUUAAUAAUAAAA